AUGUCCAUAGCCCGACACGACAUCUCACAUAAUACCUACCCUCAGCAACAGCCUAGAGACCUCAAUCUCAAGUCCAUGAUGACAACCUCGAUAUACCAACCCUUCCUCCCUCCUUCAUCAUACCCAACCACCUCCCUCACCUUCCCUCAAGUUUUCCCGCAUUUCAUCUCUCCCACACCCAUACCUACUCCACCACCGACUCCCGGUCCAAGUGGCCCAAAAGGAGUGAAAACCAUUGAACAUUCGUCUUUCACUAGACCACCAUCACCAUCACCUCAGCGACUCAACAUCAAGUUAGAUAACGAGAACAAACAUGAACAGAAUCUUGCCAGGAGUAGUUCGGAUGAUUCAAUCCAAUCUGCUAUACUCAUCACUCCUGAAACUCAAUCACCUCUUAUCCACAACAUCAUACUUCGAGAUCAUUCCGAGCAUCGUAACUUGUUAUUAUCUUCACCUGAAGCUGAUGAAGAUCACUCAGUCUCUGGGCAUACUUUACAGAAGGAUUCGUCCUCGAGACGUCUGUCUAGUACAAACAAUGUCAUCCCCAUCGAUGCAUUUAUGGAAGUACGGCAUUCCCCUCAUCACCCACAUGAAUAUCUCAGAAGGAUUAGCCAACCCCAAACGGCCUUUGCCAGAGGAGAGAUGAUCCAUCCCAAGUUCUCCCUUCUUGUUCCACAAACCAUAUCGAAUCAGCUUGACGAGGAAGAGGAGAACGAUGACGAAUCAUCAAGUGAAUCCAGUGGAUAUUCAUCGAUAAUCCCUUCCGAUCAAAUAGCAGAACGAAUAUGUAUGUACGAGUAUUGGAGGAUGUACGAUACUAGAGUUAGAGAGGAGAAGGAGGAAAGACGAAGGGUCAGGAAGUUCUACAACGGAGGAGAAGAAGCGGAGGCUGAAGGGAAAGUGAGAGAUUGGCUAUUCGAUCAAUAUCAACAACGACAACAGCAACGACGAGAGGAUCAAGUCAACAAACGUCCUCUCAGUAUCAUCACCAAAAGGAGAGACACUCAAUCAAACAAUGUCAGAACCUCGUCAUCCGCUUAUAGUCCUUUGUCCCCUGAACCAUGGUUGGCUAAGCCACUCCUCGACGAUUCACUUGUACCCACCGCUCGAAUCAGCUCGAGUCCAAAGCUUCGUAUGAUCAUCGGACAAAUGGAUCUAUUUAAGGUUUGA